GCAGUAGUCUGAUUGCAGAUUCGGUGCGAAUUGGACGUUCGAGUUCGCGGGCUACACGGUGCUAACGGGUGCGAUCGCGCGGUCACUUGCGAGUAACGUUCGACGUUAAAAUUCAAAACCGUUUGUUUUUUAUUUAGUUCCUUACUGUACUCUGUGUCAGUGUGUGUAUGUGCAAAGUGUGAUAGAAAAACAGGCAAAAAAUGAUUCACACGGUGGAGUGCUUGCGCCCGCAGGCAAGCAAAAAUGCGCCAACGGUUACUAUGACCGUGGAAGGAUAAAGCGAAAGAGUUGAGUGCAAACGAAACUCACUCCCCUAGGGGAAGGAUGAAACAGGAGCCAAAAAAAAACUACCCAAACAAAUAAACAAAUCUUCUACGUAGUUUAACCGAAGGAAAAAAAACAUACCCCUUUCUCAGAAUUAUUUGUGUGAGCUUAACGCAAAAAAAACCCAAACACAUUUGUAACCAAGCUCUAAAUAAAUCUCCAGAGAGAUUGGGUUGACCUGCCAACCGCUUCACCUAGUAACAAGUUCGAGCGGCCAACUUUUGGCGAACAUUUUGUCCGCUGAACCGGUGUGACUGAAAUUGAUUUUUUUUGUUCUCGGUGUGUUGUGAGCAAAAAAAAAAAAGGCCAGCAAAGGUACACCGGACAGCGUUCGAAGUGGCGGCUGCUGGUGGAACCAACCACCAGCCACCACAGUUUAGUUAAUUCCCUGCGGCCAACUGCUGGUGACGAUUCGGUGACGGGCAGAUGUAGCAAAACGCGCGCUGCUCCCGGUGGCACGAGAAUUUAUUUGUGAUUGUGGUUGCAUUGAGUGAAAGUUUCAUCGUUUUUCAUCCCGCAACGCUGUGUCGGGACGAACAACAAUCCGGGCACACACACACCGUUUCUAUAGCGCCCGGUAAUUGUGCUGUAUGGGAAAGUUUGCUAACCCAGCUUCCCACAGUUAGUCAGUUUGAGGUGUUUUUGUGUGAGCGUGUGUGUGUGUGUUAUGUCGAAGUAAGAAGCUGGCAACGCUAAAAGACAGACGAAGGAGCAUGCCGCUUCCGCACACGCACGGUGAAACAAAUCUUAAUCUCGAACUUAAUCUGGCGCCACCACUGCAUGGUACACGCUGAACAACUUCCCCAGCGCCCAGAGCCAUCUUCUGAAGAAGGUUGACGAGAACAGAGGGCUGAGAAAGAGAGAAGAAAACGAAACUCAGCCACAACACAGCAUCCAAACGGUUAAAUCGUUUUAACGUUUACGCCGGCGCUUGCUUUGAUGCCGUUGUGAAUGUGGCGAAAUUAGAUUAGCUCCACCCCCCUCCCUUUCUGUGUGUGGUACUCCUCCAGCAUCGUCUACUAGCCGCUCCGAUCGUUCAGCGGAAUGUAAGCGCUCGACAAACCAUCAUCGGAGCGUACUCGAAACGCGCCUGAAAGUAGGCAACAGCUAUCAGAAGCAACUUUGCUCCUUUCAAGCCGACGCGCGCCUUCAGUGCGAAUGUGUACGGAUGUGUUUAGGCGUUUGCCGCAUCUCGCAACCACACUACUAGAGCGGGCACCCACUUUCCGAUAAAUUUGCACCUUAACGUAGCAGGAGCCUGCAAGGCAGGGAAAAAAAGCGUUCCACACAGCAAAUGCGAGUGAGAUCGGAUUUUUGAAAACCGACAUCGAGAGCUUUUGAGUGUAUCGUUAGCGAGAUCGAGAAAGAGUGGCAGAGAGGCGUCGAGGGAUUGCUGUUUGUUAUUCAGUGUUCUGUAGUGUACCCCGUGUGUAUGUAUGUGUGUAUUUCUGUUCACAUGUUCACAUGUUCUUGUGUGUGUAUGUGUGUGCUUGAAGCGUAAGAGUAACGUGAUUGUCAGUGGCCCGUUGUGCGGUUGAUUCAAUUUUGCUCGCGAUGAAAAGGCAAAUAUUAUUUUCUCCACCCCGCACACGUGCAGUGAAAGUGAAAUUAUCGCAUGGUGUAUGUUGGUUAGCCUAAAAAAAAGCAGUAGUAGCAACAUCAGCAGCAGCACACGUUGGUUAGCUUUCGGAGCGCGCUAGAAGCGCUAGAAAAAUAGAAGCAGCAAAACUUUCAUUCCGAGGCCGGUACAUGAGCCGGUACACUGUCAGGGCAGGUAGACAGCAAGCUUUUAACGUUGACGUACAGCAGCUACGACAGUAAAAAAAUAGAAUACAAAUACACUAAGAACACCGUUCGUGCGUUACAUCCAGUAGCACGCGCAGGGGGCGUACGUGAAGUUUUCCUUUUCCAGUUGUCAUCCUCCGGAUGAAAGUUUAAAUCCACGGUUCCUGUGCUGCCACAGGCACGAACAUCCCGCUUCACAGGCGAAAGAGGGCCGUGGAGGUGUGCAUGAGGUGGGGAGAAAAUAAAACACCAAAGUGCUGAAGUGGCAGCGUGCUGGAAGUAAUAACAAAACCAUACACGCACACGGUGGGCCUCUGCUGGCGUGUGCUGGCGCGAUUUCAGCCGUACCAACAGCAACCAACCAUCGACAAGGCGCAUCCGGUGUGUGUGUUUGAGGUGUUUAAGAUUCAGACUCUCGUGUGUGCGCGUGUGGGGUGUGUGUGCUAAGAGAAGCGGAGUGUUUGAAGCUGAAUAUUCACGUGUGACGAGCAGCAUCGUUAACAGUGAGAAAUCCAGUGCGUAUUAACUUCUGUGUUCGACUGUUUGCAGAAAGAGCAGAAAACAAAGCAAAUCGGUUUUGGUCAUCUAUUGCUCGUUUGAGUGGCAUGAAGCAGUGAUUAACAAAACAGAGCCUCCCGGAUGGAUGGGUGGAAGCAGUGUGUGGUGACGGGGGUGACGGUGUUGCUCGUGCUGGUAGCCACCCAGCUGCCCCCGGUCGGCUCGAACGCAACCGAAGCGCGCGGACAGCGGCCGGGUGGUCGCGACCGUUCCACCGGCUCGACCGCCAUAGCGUCCCUCUCGUCGGCAUCGAUAGCGGCCGCCCUUGCUUCGCGCCAAGCUACAGCGGGCAGCGGAAACGGCGGAAGCAGCAGCAGCAACAGUGGCAAUGCCUCGAACGGUGCUAGUAACGGUAACAACGGUGGUGGCGGCAAAUGUAAUAUCGCCCAGUUGCGUUGUGCCAACGGGACCUGCAUACCGGCGUCGAAAUUCUGCGACGGCAACUUCGAUUGCCUUGAUAAGAGCGACGAGCCGAAAGCUUGUACAGCAUGCAACCGCACCCUGCACGGUGAGGCCGGAAGAACGUACGAGCUGCAGAUACAAAACCCCCACGGCGUCUAUCCAUUCGUGUGUCACCUAAACUUUACGGCCACCGGUGGCCUCUACGGUGACAUUGUGCAGCUAAAUCUAGCCAAGUUUAGCAUCGGCAAAUUUGUCGAAAACUAUCACGACGUCAAACAACACGGCGAGUGUACGGAGGGGUUCAUGACGAUCAGCGAACAGGGGCUGCCGAAUCUGGAUGGUCGAUGGUGCGGAACGGCUUCCGGCUACACGAUAUACUACAGCGAGACAAAGUCGGUCAACGUGACGCUACGGCUAGACAAGCAACCGCCGGCCAGUGGCAGCGUGUCGAACGGGUUCGAAUUUCGGCUCAUCUACAAGUUCCUGCGGCACAGCGAUGCAAAGCUAAGGAACGACAACCGGAUAUGGAACGGAGAUCUCGUCCCCGGGAGCUACUGCAAUCGGAACUUUUAUGACUGCGACAAAAGGACCUGCCGGAUACGAUCGCCCAACUAUCCCGGCAUUUAUCCACGCAAUUUAACAUGUAAAUAUUAUAUUAAUCAUCGGGCGCCCCCGAGCGGUCUGCACGCGAUGAUCGUCCUUCGGCAGCCGGACGGUCAUAAAUUAAAUAUGAAGGAGCAGGCGACACACCACGAGGCGAACAACCGGAUUUUAAGGAGCUGGGAGCAGUGUGACGAGGCACAGGACUAUCUGAGCAUUUACGACGGCGCGGCACCGGAAGCACCGACCAUUGGGCGCAUUUGCGGCGGAGACGUCCUGCCGGAUAUCGUGUCGAGCGGUCCGGAGAUGCGUGUCGAGUUCCACACGUCCCCGUACGAUGUGCCGUUCCAUCCGAAUCCGGUCACCUUCCUGCCCGGCUUCGAGCUGGAAGUGCACGUGCUGUACGUCAACUCCAACUCUCAGUCGUACAUCCGACAGCCGGGCCGGUGCGAGUUCAUUGUCAGUGCGUUCGAGAGUCAAACGGGAGAGCUGGAGAGUCCGCAGCACACGCUACCGCCGGAAAGCUCCUGUCUGUACCACUUCCAGGGCCGACGGCACGAAACCGUGUGGGUUUCCUUUAUCAAGUACCACUCGGCCAUCGAUCCGACCGGGUUCGAGUCACCGGCCGAGUGCGUGACGCAGCUACGCAUCUGGGACGGACGAUGGUCGGUGACUUCGCGUCCUUACGGCGCACCACCGGAGUACCAGCGCAAUGCGAGCUUGAUCGAGCAGAUCUGUCGCGAGGAGGUGCCGAGACUUUGCUCCCGUUCGUUGGUAGCGAAGGGGAGUCGGCCAUGCUCAACGCAAGAGAGCUAUCUGUCGACGGGCUCCGACCUAACGAUCGAGUAUCGGCCCAGCCCAAUCGGUACGGCACGGCUUUACGGGCCAGCGUCCGCGUUCAAGCUACGCUACGAGUUUGUGGACAAUUCACUCGGUGGAGCUCCUCUGGAGCCACUCGUAGCUCCAUCCGCCAUGCCAGAACCGGCCGCACUCGUACAGUUCCACCCGAAGUCGUGCGAUCGUGUCUUUCGCUCUUCCUCCGCGUCGCGCGGCAUCUUCCGAUCGCCCUCGAACGUGUUCAUGUACGGUCGGGGAGGUUCGCCGAACAUUUCCUGCAUUAUUCGGUUCGAAGCGAGCGGCGGUGAGAGUGUCAGGUUAACGAUCACACGAGCACGCUUUGGAGGUAGAUCUUGUCAGAAUUUGCAAAACCGUUCGGGUCGUUGGCACUGCAACCAUCACGGUGGUCCCGUAUCAGACCUGCGCAUCAGUGAGGUACCGUGGACGGAUGUAUCGCCCCUACCGCGUGACUGUCUGUGUUCGGACGUGUCCGGCUCGAUUACGCUCGCCCCACUAGCGGCCAGCAUUGUGGAGGUGAAGUUCACCACCCUGCAGAUGGAAGUGGAUCAGGACUUCCGAGACUUUUACUUUGAGGGACGGUACGAGUUCGCACGCGACGGAUGCGAAACCGAUUGGUCCGAGCGGCGUCUGCGGGGACGUAGCGGCGAUGCCUACCUGAAGCCGACGCCAUGUCCUGCGCUGAUACAACCCUGGCUGCUGGAGCCCGAAACGGAUAGUAGCUACCUGGUGCUGAAGCUGAAAGGCUUCUGGAUGCCACCGUUGCUGCAAUCGGCACCGCCCUGUCCAACGGACGCCCGCAUCACGGUCUACUCCACGAACAAUCCGAAGAACUCGCGCGAUCUUUGCCCCUCCGGGCCGGACGUGGUGGCGUUCUCGGAUGGUUGGGAUCGGGCGUACGAGUUCAGCGCGAUGGAGAUCUCCAAGAGCCUCAUCAUUGAGUUUAAGAGCCCUCGCCGACCGCCGCUCGAGCUGAUCGAGUACAAGUUCUCGUGGAUGGAGAUCUUCCCAGCGCACGACUGUCCGCAUCGCUGCCAGGAGCUGCAGGCCUGCAUCCCGGCGGAGCUGUGGUGCGAUGGAAAGGUGCACUGUCCCUCCGGUCAGGACGAAAGCCCUACGGAGUGCGAUCUACGGUUGCCCCUAUCGCCACUGCACGUUGGUCUAGCGGCGGCCACGCUCACGCUAGUCCUGUCGCUAGCCGCCGGCCUGACGGCCUGUGCACGACGCAAACGGGGCGAAAAGAAGCACCUGCAAGCGGUCCACCUGGAUACGGCUGGGCGGGGUGUCGGGUAUGGGCCACCGCUUCCGCACCACGCCGGGGCAGGCUAUCCGCACGCCAACCAUCACCUGUCGUCGAGCCAUGCCCUGACGCCCCUCUACCUGGACCCGUCGAAGGACAGCUUCUGUUGACAGGAGCUAGAGACUUCGGUGUAGCCAAUGCCGAAGUCGUCGCAGGACUUUUACUACUUCGCGUUCAACGCCGGCACCAACACGAGCAGCUGUUGAGUGGUCGGAGAUGCUGAACGGUCGCGAGGUGCACACAAGCCCAGUGGCGUUACCGAUCGCAAUACUUCGAGCGAACGUACUUCAAGCCAAGGUGAUAUUUGACGCACACGUAGAGCAAGUAGAACGUGUGCGUAUUUAAAAUCCCCCUUUAUCCGCACCCUCCCGGUUAGUAGGAAAAGGAAUUGUUUUAGCAAUAGCAACAUAGCGUGCUCGAUGUAGCAUUUAACCCGACUACGUCGUGGCAAGGCGAGCGGCAUAUAGCACACAUACACAAACACAGGUUGGUUUUUAAUUGUGACAAUCAGUUGAGACAGUUGACAAUUCUGCUCCCCCCUCCCUUCUUAGGAGAAGCUAGCUUGUCAUGGGACUGGAGGCGAGCAGGCGCAACAAUACCCCCGCGUGCGGAAGUGAAGCAAGAAAAGGAUUUGAAUGUUGUACAUUUGGAAAUUACUAGUAACUAAAAUGGUUGUGAUGGCCAGUGUAAGAAAUUAAACACAAACGGAAAGCGUGCUAAAACGCUAUUUUGAAAGGGAAUUAAAUUGUUUUAAUUUUUCAUUUUUGCUCUAACCGCAGCAGGCCUAUUUGGACGAUUUGUAUGAAGUUAGUUUUUUUUUCAAUUCUGCCAAUGACAAUGAAAAGUGUUGUAAUUCGAAAUAUUUUAUCUCAUUAGAAAUAAAUUAACAGAAAUUAUGAAAAGCAGGACUUUAUUUAAAGAAGAGCUCCAGUUGAUUUCACAGCGAUGCAAAGAGGGAUAUGUCACAUUUCAGUGUAGCUUCAGAAAAGAACAAACUCUAUAGCGCAGACUAGUGUUAGCAUACAUCAAUUCCACUGUAUAUAGAAGCUAUGCAAAUGAGUUGCUGCCCUUCUAGCUUUGUUUGCUUUUAAUGGUUUGAUUUGAGUAAGCAAAACUACCUACACCAUUGUACAAAGAGAUAAUACUUUUAUGAAAAUGAUAUUUUUUGUGUUUAACUAUCUCUAUCUUUGCGAGACGCAAAUAAAGAAAACAACCCGAACAUAAAACAAACCCGAUUGCAUAAUAAGAAAUACACUCACAGAAAUAGGGCCACAAAUGUGGUACAAACUGAUACAUUGAAACUAAACAUACAGAAACACGCAACAAGAACAAAAAAAAAAUUCCCCGUAAAAUGCAAACCUUUUCUCAAAUCGUCAAAUGAUAAUGUGAUUCUCAGUAGUUAAGCAAGGAAGCAAGAAAAAAAAACAGAUAAAGAAAAAGGAAAAGGAAGACACACAAGAAGAAGAUUAAUAUACAAAUAACGCUCACACUAUAGAUAAUGAAUUAGAAAAGAAGAGAAAGCUAAGAUAAGCAGAUUUGUAUAAAGAAAUACUAAUAGAACUACUAAAAAAACAGAAGAAAAAUAAAAAAAGUCUUAAAGAGUCUCACGGUCAGUGAAAGGAGGAUAAAAACAAACACAAAAAUUCACAAUCAAUGAGCAACCUGGAUGCAGACACUAUUCCAUAACUUUUCCCUUUUUUGUCCUAUUUUAUCUGGAAAAAAUCUGUACAGAUUGUGCGAGAGGAGUACGCAAACGAACGAAUAGUACGUAGUGAAUAAUUCUAAAACAUGGAAGUGAAACCGCACUAUACGAGACACACAAUCCGAGCGUAACGUACGAUUAUACGCAUUAUACAGGAAGCGUGUUAAAAACCAAACCCCCUCGAGCGGUUGUGAACCUUGAUGGCGGAGGAAGUGGGCGGUGGAAUUAGCUCCUUCGUACCAUGCCCUCCGGCUGUGAAACGGAUCUCUUCCAUCGUCGAAAUUAAAGCGAAACAAGCAGCUGAAAUUAAGUAGAAGUGAACGUGCGGGCGUUUGUUGGACUAAUUAUUCGCUAGCCUGUGUGUAAGGAGGAAGCGAAGCGAUUACUUGUUAAUAUUCACUUCCACUGUAGGAGUACAGUAUUUGUAAAAAAGUACCGUGUUUUAGGAAGUAAUCGUAAAGCGGCCACAUCGCGCCUGGCGGAAAGAAAAUGAACUAGAAUAAUAGAAGAAAAAGUACUGUGAGCUGGAGUUGAGGGAUUUCGGCGACGGACAAGCUCUACGAAUAGCGAAACUGAUUGUUUUUUUCGCCCAUAAAUGCGCAACUCCCUGCAAAUGAUGUUACCAAUGUUCAAUGAUCCCUGCUUUUAACGAACGAACUUCCCCUUCUGUGCAUUCGCCGUGUGCUAGCUAGUAAGUGUCCGCGAAGGACGAUAUCUCUGCACUGCAGCUAGGACCGGAUAGCAGUGUGUUGUGCAGUAUAGGGAAAACAAUAUAAUUCUUUAAAUGACAAACUACACACACACACCCUUCCCCACACUGUGCUGAUUCUGUAACAGAAAUAGCUAAGGGAUGUAAAUAGGUAACACUUGCGUGAAGGUGGUCGAAGAGAUUGGCGUACGAGAUGAAAAGAAGUUGAAUUGUGGUGGGAAACGAAGAUGAACGGGGAGCAAUGUGUGACAUGUAGGUGUAUAAGUAUACCUAAAUUUCCAUGAAGGCGACGACUUUCACGGGCAAUGAAAUCGGUCUAGCGAUCAAUAAAGUAUCAGAUACUUCCUAACGGCACACGUCUGCUGGAAUGAAA